ACCACGGUAUAUAAGUGGCUGCAGGUCACUUACCUCCUUAUCAAAAGGACAAGUUUUUACCUUUUUACUUCGUCUGUGUUUUUAAAGAAUUUUAAUAUGAGCGGUUUGAGAGAGCCGGUGCGGGUAAAGCUAGAGGACCUGUUCCGUCCUGACUUGGUGGAGUCCCUCAGAGGCCUGGGGCCUGGUGGCGUCGCCCGAGCUCUCUUUCAAGCCUUCGGGCUGCAAUGUAAUUCUGGCGAGUCUGCAGGAAGGUCAAAAAUUCUCAUUGAAGUGGACCCUGACCCUCGCGAAGGUCAGGAGCAGGAGGGAGCUCUUGCAAGUCCAGUUCUGAUCUACUCGAUGAGAGAAGUUCUUCCGCAUGUAUCGCCUGGUACUUGGGCACAUGAAAAUGCUGGUGCCCUGGCCGGAGAUGAGCAGUGGGUUGUGAGACAUCCUGGCAACCAAGGAGCUGCACCCGGAGCUGAAGGACCUAAUCCAAAUGUACCAAACAUUCCACCAGAUUUGGCACGUAUCUAUAAUCAACUUUCGCGCCAUGGAAUAUUGCAUCCACUCCGUUCCAGGGUUGUAAACCCGGAGAGAUUUCCCAUUGUGAUCCACGACAGUGCUCCUCCUUCCGACAAGUGUUCUAUCUGCCUGGAGGAAUACGUCACCGGAAUUGAGAAGCGUGUGUUGACCUGCGGUCACGAGUUCCACAAGAAAUGUGCUGACACCUGGUUUGCAGUACCGGACCGAACCGUCUGCCCGAACUGCAGACGUGAGUACCUGAUCUAAGAUCAAGCAGCUUCGUCUCUCAUCCUUUGAGACCUCUCCUCACGCAUCAUUUGUGAGACAUCUUUAUUGGUCUUUCAGAACUUCAUCGGCAUUCCAUCAAGUUUCCAAUUCUGAUCCCCCCAAAAAUUUUAGAUCCAAAAAAAAACGAUUACAGCCCUAAAUCUACUUAAUGUUUUUGUCAUUUUGUAUAUUUUUAUAUCAUUUAUUUUUAGUAAAUUUUGUAUCUGUAUGUUUUUAUCAAUGUACAUUUAUCGCUUAUUUUAAAAUAUGUAUUUUGAGAUUUUUAUAUUGCCUCAACAGAUAUAUUUUAGCUGAAGAUUGUUAGGAAUGAUUCUAUUGUAUGUGAUUGCAAAAUUUUGACAAUAAAGAUCUUUCACAAAUAAGUUU